AUGGAUGUAAGCGGCUGCAUAUGUCCAUCUAGCUUCCCAUCUCCAUCAAACAAUCUGAUCUGCAACGGAAACUCAAUCAAUUGUCCUAUUACCUGCAACCAAUCCCCGCCAUCCCCGAUAGUUCCCCGAGCACAGCUAUCCCAAUGCUAUUCCGGCUGUGUGAAUGCAAACUCCGAGUGCAACGGAUGCUACAUCUGGUUCUCCUCCCUAUGUCGCUGUCUCCGGGCUUUCCAAGCCGGAUCUCAAACCGAUUGCAUCGCCAGCCCAGUCAUCGGCCCAGGUCCACCCCAGCCUCACCAGUCUCCAUCGUGGGUGGUCCUUGCAUCUGGUGACUUGAUCACGACAACGCAAUUGAUACCGGGAAUCUUGCAGUUGAGCACUGCCGACGAUAUCGAUGGCGGAUUCCGGUUGGGACAGGAUACCAUCAAUAGCCAACAGGCGAGGGAUUCAUUGGCGCUUGCUAUGAAUAGUGUUUCCACUCGAUCCGAAGAGCAGAUCCAUAUUCAUCUGUGUGAUAGCACGAAGACUGGUAUUCGGGGUAUUCUUGACGGCCUGGACCGCAGCAAGUAUAGGACCUCACAGCCUGUCGAUCUUUCGAGUCUUCAUAAGCCAAACUCGGCUAUGAAUUGUCGGGUUUCGCCCAAUUCCGGGGCUGAUAUCAAUAUGGGUCGGGAUGCUGUUGACUGGCUAAAACAAUACCAGGGUUCAUCGAACUGUAAUCAGUAUGAUGUUGGUGCUGGGGUCAUCACUGACAGCAGUGACUAUUCUUGGGCUUGCGUGGUUACUGGCCACAGAGCUGCUGAGAGUUUGUUCUGUCCGACCUGA